UUCAGUCGUUUAUGGUUUUUCGUCUGCUUCGGUAGUAGUUUUUUUGAACAGUGUUCAAAUAUUUUUGUUUGUUUCAAAAUCGUUCCCUCGCCUCAUCUUCAUCCGAGAUGCUGAUGUGCUGAAGCUGAAGUUGUAUUUACAGAUCGAAAACAAGAAAAAAAACUCGCGCGCCAGGAGAGCAAAACAGUCGUGUGUCUCGCUGUCGUUAUAUAAGGGAUCUCGUUUCGUUUUUUGCCCAUCUCGGUUCUGUUCGUGAUUUUUAAGAGCUGUGCUGAUUUUUGUUUUGCUACACUCUACAGUUGCCAUAACCGCGACAGUUUGCAUCGGGACUCGCUUGGUGUAGUCCACUAGAUUAUUGUGUUCCUGGGAUUUUGUUCCUUCUGAUAGCAAAAUAAUGGCUGAUAAGGUGCGCGUUUGUAUCGUCGGAUCCGGAAAUUGGGGCUCGGCGAUUGCAAAAAUCGUUGGCGUGAAUGCCAAGCGGUUGCCGAAUUUCGAGGACCGCGUCACAAUGUACGUCUACGAGGAGGACAUCAACGGCAAAAAGCUAACGGAAAUCAUCAACACCACACACGAGAACGUCAAGUACCUACCUGGACACAAGCUGCCAGAGAAUGUCGUAGCCGUCCCGAACGUCGUCGAUGCUGCCAAAGAUGCGGACAUUCUCAUCUUCGUCGUGCCCCACCAGUUCAUCCGUGGCCUAGGUGGUCAACUGUUGGGUAAGAUCAAACCGACCGCCGUCGGUCUGUCGCUGAUCAAGGGUUUCGAUGUGGCCGAGGGUGGCGGUAUGGAGCUGAUUUCGCACGUCAUCACGAAGCAUCUGAACAUUCCCUGCUCGGUGCUGAUGGGUGCCAACUUGGCCGGUGAGGUUGCGGAGGAAAAAUUCUGCGAAACCACCAUCGGCUGUCGGGACAUGAAAAUCGCUCAAACGCUGCGAGAUCUGUUCCAGACGCCCAACUUCCGGGUGGUUGUGGUGGACGACGUGGAUGCGGUGGAAAUUUGCGGAGCGCUGAAAAACAUCGUUGCCUGCGGGGCAGGUUUUGUGGACGGUAUGGGACUGGGUGACAACACCAAGGCGGCCGUCAUUCGGUUAGGGCUGAUGGAGAUGAUCAAGUUUGUUGAUGUGUUCUACCCGGGCAGCAAGCUUUCGACGUUCUUCGAGAGCUGCGGUGUGGCGGAUUUAAUUACCACUUGCUACGGUGGCAGAAAUCGUAAAGUUUCGGAAGCUUUCGUGAAAACGGGCAAGACAAUCAAGCAGCUUGAAGACGAAAUGCUUAACGGACAGAAACUGCAAGGACCGAUCACUGCUGAGGAGGUCAACUUUAUGCUUAAAAGCAAAAAAAUGGAGGAAAAAUUCCCAUUGUUCACGGCGAUCCACAAGAUCUGCACCGGGCAGGUCAAGCCGCAAGGUUUCCUGGACUGUCUGCGUAGCCACCCGGAGCACAUGAAACAACGUGCAAAACUCUAAACUUAAAACACAUUCUAGUACUACACAAAAAACACAGACAGAACUAGACGCACUCGUGCGUGCGUCUUUUAUGACUUAGAUAUAUUGCCCCUACACUAUUUCCCUCUAUAACAUAGCAAACAAAAAACGAGUACGUAGACGACUCUUGCAGAAAGCGUGCCAUGCAGACUGGUUCCCGAUUCUGUUCGGUACCUCGAAACGGACGAGAUAUCCUUGCAGCGCUAGGCCAAUCCGUUCCUUUUUACUUUCCUUGAAUCGUUACGAGAUUGCCAUUUUGCACAACGUGUACCGGGCGAGAAAAGACAUUGCAUUUACCUAACAUUCGUUCCAUUUGUUGUGUUUUAACAAUGUGCUUUACCUAGUGAAAAACCAACAAAACACAAAACCGGUUUUAAAUUUAUGGUUGUAAGAUGAGAAUAAAAUUUCAUUGGACUAUAAUUGGUUUUCUUACUACAGAGAAAAGUUCAAAGUUUGGUUUUGCUGUGAUCCGACUAACCACUAAUCUGUCAAUAGUUCUAUGUGAUUCGUUGAGGUAGUUUACACUAUUUUCGUUUGUCCAUCAUAGAUUUCGGCUACGACCGUUUAAGUUAGGAAUUGCAACAUUACCCGAAGUAGUUGUUAGUGCAUCUGUGCGUUACAUCUUAAUUUGCUCGGUUCCAGUUAAGUUGCACUAUUCUGUCCCACUUUGCACAAACACGGAUUUUGGUUGAAUGUUAUCAUAUUUCCUGUUUUUUUUCUGUUUUUAUGCGGUAAGUAUAUUGUUGUCGUUGGUUAAAUAUCGUAAAUAUUUUUUUUUGAUGCCUGUAUCACU